UUUCACGUGUUUUUUCCCCGGGAGUGGAAACACGAAAGCUCUUGGGAUUCUCUUCUAAAUCGUCCUGGUGGGACGUUGUAGACUUUUGACGCGCUCCAAGUCCGGCGUGACUGAAAGUGUUGGAGCGUGGGUCUCAGUGGGCUGACAAAAGGCUUUUUUUUUUCUUCCCCCCCACGGAGAGGAUAGAUGUAGUUGGCCGGGCACCGACUCCACGCGGCGGCGUGUUUCGUGGCAAACUGCGCGGUGAGAUGAGGAGGACGUGGAAGACUGCACUGCGUGGAAAGGAAGAUUUGUGUGCAUUGUAAGUGUCGUCGCGAGGAGCAUGCAGUGAGCGCCAUGCCAGUGGAAAUGGAGAAGACGGUCACCAAGCUGAUGUACGACUUCCAGAGGAACUCCACUUCGGAUGAUGACUCGGGUUGCGCUCUGGAGGAGUACGCUUGGGUGCCGCCGGGACUCAAACCCGAACAGGUCCACCAGUAUUACAGCUCCUUGCCCGAGGACAAGGUGCCCUACGUGAACAGCCCGGGGGAGAAAUACCGAAUCAAGCAGCUCCUCCAUCAGCUGCCGCCGCACGACAACGAGGUUCGCUAUUGCAACAGCCUGGAUGACGAAGAGAAGCGGGAGCUGAAGCUCUUCAGUAACCAACGCAAAAGGGAAAACCUUGGUCGAGGAAAUGUUCGCCCAUUCCCUGUGACGAUGACCGGGGCCAUCUGUGAACAGUGCGGGGGCCAGAUAAACGGCGGCGACAUCGCUGUGUUUGCCACGCGCGCCGGCCACGGCAUGUGUUGGCACCCGGCCUGCUUUGUGUGCAGCAUGUGCAGCGAGCUCCUGGUGGACCUCAUCUACUUCUACCAGGACGGAAAGAUCUACUGCGGACGGCACCAUGCGGAGAGGCUGAAGCCGCGCUGCACAGCUUGUGACGAGAUCAUCUUGGCAGACGAGUGCACUGAAGCCGAGGGCCGUCACUGGCACAUGAAACACUUCUGCUGCUUCGAGUGUGAGACGGUGCUGGGGGGCCAACGCUACAUCAUGAAGGAGGGGAGACCCUACUGCUGUUCCUGCUUCGAGUCGCUCUACGCCGAGUACUGCGAUUCCUGCGGGGAGCAUAUCGGUAUCGACCAGGGCCAGAUGACGUACGACGGGCAGCACUGGCACGCCACCGAGGGCUGCUUCUGUUGUGCCCGCUGCAAACGCUCCCUGCUGGGUCGACCCUUCCUGCCCAAGCAGGGACAGAUCUUCUGCUCCCGGUCUUGCAGCCUGGGGGAGGAGCCCAACGGCUCGGACUCCUCAGAUUCCGCUUUCCAGAGCGCCCGCUCCACCCGAGAGUCCAGACGCGGCUCCAAGGCGGCAAAAAGUGUGGCGGAGAACUCGUCCGGCGAGGUGGACCCGUUGUCCUUACAGAUGGACGUACUGAGUCUCUCCAGUCAAACUCACAGUCUGACCCGCGAGCCGCCGGCCUGGCAGAACCAGACGCGAGACGGGCACAAGUUUGGGCCUCAGUCGUCCGAACCUCAGUCCGGCCCCUCGCCACUUCAGCUCCUCAGUCAGUGUAACGUGAGAACGUCCUUUAACCCCUCGUGCACUGGACAGAACCCUCAGGGGGUCAAGGAGAACGCCGGUCCGAAGAGGCCGCCCGUGUCCGCCGUCAAGGGUCGCUCCCUGAACGAGACCCGGCUCCAAGAGGACCGCUAUCCCCCGAAACUGCAGAAGAGUUUCACCGAGGCGUCCGAGCUCUCUCAGCCGAAGGGCGGAUUUUCCGCGGAGAAACGCUCCGUCAGCCUGCACGGCUUCCAGAGGGAGAGGGACCCUCCUCCGCCCCCUGCGGCAGCACGGAGCAGGAACCCCAUCAACGCACUUAGCUUCACUGAGCAGCUGACGCCCCUGCAGCAGACCCCGAGGGGGUCCAUGGAGUCUUUAGCCAACGCCACAGGACACUCGGCAGAAGGAGGCGGGAGGCUGUUGUCUCGUUUCUCCAUGCCGGAUCUGAGCCAAGACUCCGGAGUGAACGCCUCACGGAAAAGCAACGUGGACGCCCUUAACUCCUCCUCGGUUCAAUUCCGGAGCUCAGAGUCGCUCCACAGCGUGAACGGUGGUCAACCCUACAUGGAAAUAAACCCGCCCAGGUCCGCCCAGUACCAGCUGAAGUAUUGCGAGCCGUCCGGCGCGGGUGUCGGCAGAAGCGUGACUCAACUACCGCCCGGAUUCGCCUACCAGGAGGAAGACCGGGUGAGCUCGGUGAGCAGCGCCAACGCCGCCCGCCUUCCGCCCAUAAGUGAGCGCCGGGUGAGCGCCGGUGUCGGAGGAGGAGGCGCCAGAGGAGCGAGUGUCAGGAUAGACUUGCCGGAGGAAACCCCUCAGAGGCGCAGACACCACCACCAUCACCGCGCCAGAAGAUCCCGGCGCUCUCGCUCGGAAAACGCCCUCAACUUGGUGGCGGAGCGCCGGGUGAGACCUCAAGAAAGACCGGCGCUUCACGCCCGAGAGGACUACGACCGCUUCCCUCCUCCCAGGAGUUCCAGGGACCGGUUCGGAGUCGGAGUCGGAGUCGGCGAGAGAUACCAAGCGCAACUCUUCAGGCCGUGUCCCAGGACCACCUCGGACCUGACGCUCCAGAACCCCGCGGCCGGCCGCCGCACGGGCUUGAACCAAUACUCCUGGGACGACUACUACGACGACGACGACUGGUGCUCCACCUGCUCGUCCUCGUCGGAGUCGGAGGACGAAGGUUACUUCCUGGGCGAACUCAUCCCCAGACCCGUCCAGACGCGCUAUCUCAGCAAUCAGGAGCUGGUGCACAAGUACAGCGCGGGGAUGGGAGGAGCCAACCGCGGUGCGCUCUUAACCACGCACAAACGCAGAAAAAGCAAGAACUGCAUUAUUUCUUAACCUUUUGGUUUUGGUACACUGCCGAUACAUGUUGAUGAUCAAUAAUUCAGUGAUACCUAGGGCUGUCAAAGUUAAGUUCCUUUAAUCUUUUUUAACGCACGAUUAAGGCUCAUGCCUCCCGAUUCCUUUUUUUUGACCCUCGGUCCGUUCCGUAGCCUGGGGGAACCGUAAUGGUGUUCAGUUACUGUUGAAGCAACACGCUUGAAAAUAGUGAGCAAAAAAAAGAGGGUUAAAGCCAUGGCAAGUCGAUUCCUUUUUUGACCCUCGGUCCGUUCCGUAGCCCGGGAAACCGUAAUGGUCAAAUAUCAGAAGCAUUUAUUCAGGUAGUAAUAUCACAGAUUACAUUAACAAACCACAUUUUGUGUCAUUAGUGCGUGAAACUGCUAUCUAAACAUGGAAGUGUAGCUCCUCCUCUGAAUGCGAGUGCUCCUACAGCAAAAAUACAAAUUCUGUUUUCGUACAAAAUACACAAUACAUUUUUUUUUUUUUUUAAUUGUCAUUAAAAACGUGUUCAUGUCUAUUUUUGUCCAUUACCUGUACAACAUGUAAUGCACAUAAUAUCAGAAGCAUUUAUUCAGGUAGUAAUAUCACAGAUUACAUAAACAAACCACAUUUUGUGUUAUUAAUGCGUGAAACUGCUAUCUAAACAUAGAAGUGUAGAUCCUCCGCUGAAUGCGAGUGCUCCUACAGCAAAAAUACAAAUUCUGUUUUCGUACAAAAU